AUGUCUAGCUCGAUGGAACCGAGGCCUCUCACGUCGGCUAUGGAGAGCCCGACGUUUGAAGAGGACAGCUCCUUUCAUGUAGAGCAACCGGUGGGUUCUAUGUCAAUAUCCCCCUGUGGACGCGAUGUCGUUCUAGCGUCCAAGGAGGGUCUACAUGUCAUCGAUCUGGACUCGCCAUAUUCCCCGCCGCGGUAUCUCCCUCACCACACACCAUGGGAGGUAGCUGAUGUCCAGUGGUCUCCAUUCGCUGCGCGCGAUCAGUGGGUUGUCAGUACAUCCAACCAAAAAGCGUUGGUCUGGAAUUUGGCCAUGAAGACAUGGCAGAACUCCAUUGAAAUUGUGCUUCACGCCCAUUCUAGAGCAAUUACCGAUAUAAAUUUCUCAGCAUUUCACCCAGACAUCCUAGCAACCUGUUCCGUGGACAGCUUUGUGCAUUGUUGGGAUUUACGUACUCCGUCGCGGCCCGCGGUCUCAUUCUCAGAUUGGUAUACUGGUGCAACUCAGGUUAAAUGGAAUCGACAAGACCCUCAUGUCAUUGCAAGCUCUCAUGACCGGUUCCUUCGGAUUUGGGAUGACCGGAUGGGUGCAUACCCAAUUAAAUCUAUUGAAGCACAUGACACCAAGAUUUAUGGGGUUGAUUGGAAUCGGGUUCGACGCGGUGCUCUAGUAACAUGUUCUUUAGAUAGAACCAUCAAGUUUUGGGACUACACCACCGACUCAGAUGUUCCAGAAAAGCAGAUUCAUACACCAUUCCCCGUGUGGCGGGCACGUAACACGCCGUUUGGAUGGGGCAUGCUUGCAAUGCCACAGAGAGGCAACAAUGACCUUCAUCUUUACAGCCGGCGGGCUGGAGAGGGCUCAAGCCCAGAGGACGACUUGCCUUUGGUACAUAGUUUUCCCGGGCACAAGGGACAAGUCAAAGAGUUCUUGUGGAGACCACGUGGAGGGGUAGCGGAAGGAAUUGACCAUCGCGAAUAUCAACUUGUUACAUGGGGAACAGACAGGGAACUUCGUCUGCAUAAAGUUGAUCCCGAAAUUCUGGCGCGCGUCGGGUACGAGAGGGGCAAGUCCUUUAUUUCCACACGAACUGUAACACGGCUCGGUGCCGUCUAUCGGAGUUUCCGCGACGUGAAUUCAGAUUUGGAUUUCGAUGACGUUGAAGUGGCUUCCUCCGCUGGGCAUCAGAACCAGAAUAGUGCGGCAGGUACUGGGAUGAACGCCAUCACUGUACCGCACGCUCGUGGUUGGACAAAGGGAGGCCAUAUUGAUCGAGUUGGCAUGCAACCGAGGUCAAAUUUAAGAGGCGACACAAAUCCAAUUGCUUGGAUGCGAGGUGUGAAGAUCUCAGGCUGGGACAUUGAGACAUUGGGAGAUGAAAUCAGCCAAGUCGGCGAAAAGUUCACCAAGGUGGCAUUCGAUUCAGUUGAUGUCCGACAAAGAAAAAUUUCUAUCUCUCUCAACGGACCCUGGGGUGCUGAUGGAGCCUCCCUGUUCUUGAAAGUUGAUAUUAAGUUCCCAAUGAGCUAUCCCAAGACUGCUAUCCCCACAUUUGCAUUCCAAAAGACGGCAGCCGUCACCGAUGAGUGGGCUGCGAAGACUACCGCUGAACUGCGCAAAAUUGCUGAAACCUACAUGUCCCGAAAUCGAGGGUGCCUGGAAGGUGCUGUGCGUUAUCUUUUAGGCGAAAGCAGCCUGGAGGACAGUAUCGCGUGGAUAUUGGGUGAAACCGGCGAUACCCUCAAGUCUCCUGUCAACAGUGAACUGGAAGGUGAAUCCAGCGACGAGGAUGAAGUCGGCAUGACCCAGAGCCAAGAGCUGGGGAUGAGUUCUGAGCUUCUCCGUCCUCUCAAUGCCAACGUCAUGGUGCCUGUGGCCAAAGCAUGCGGAGCGCUUUGGGCAAAUGACGGCCGCCUUGUUUGCUUCUUUCCGCCGAAACCAAAGAAGGAUAAGUCAGCCGAGUUGUUCGAAAACAUGGGCUUCAAAGAGAUGACUCGUUGGUCCAGAGGUGAUAAAGUUUUUGAAGGCUUCGGCCGGUUGCAUACCCACUCACCCGGCCCACGCGGAAUGGGAACUAUUACAAGCACAGACGAUGGUACCUCGGAUGACUCGGACGAGUCGUGCUCAGACACAUCGAGCUCUUCGGGCUCCUCCGACGUCCUUUCUGGGCUGCCAGCACGUUUCCCAGCAUCUCGGACAUGGCGCAGUACCGGCAGCUAUGGCAUCCACCGGCCGCGGUCAACAGAUUUUUCUCAGCGGUCGACUGGAGGUGGAGCCACAGUCAAAUCAGAGGCACCACAGAACAUCGUAUCUAUUCAUAAUAUGAGUGAUAUCUUACCUGUUAAGCGGGAGUUGGCGAGUCAAUAUCGCAUCUGUGGCAAAGGAACAGAGGUAUGCGCCCAUAACGCAGCUGUUGCCCUUGACGCUGGCUGCUAUGAAUUGGCCCAAAUCUGGGGUCUGAUAAAGUUGGUAUUACAUGUCCGGAAAAGUCCCGGCACUUUGCCCGAGUCAGGGCUGUUGCAAAGGCGUAAACACAAAAAGGGGAGCGGAAUUGGUGGUCUGGGAAGAGAUGGGCUGUAUAGAGACUUGAAGGGCAGCAUCAUUCGCUGGGGCGACCACCCCCUUGGAAGUCAUUGGCUUGUCCCUGCUCUCUUCAAACACUUUGAGCGCAUUGGUGAUGUGCAGAUGGUGGCAAUGCUCUCAUGUGUACUACUGGAAGCCAAUCAAGAGGGAUUUUUGGAGAAUCAGCAAGCCACGCAGACACCCGGGAAACAGGAUUUCUCAUUGGACUUCUCCACUGUCUCAUCGGCAAUUCCAAACAAGCCACCAGUUGCAACGCCAGCUUCAUCUGUCCUUAAAGAGGUCCAGUCUACGCCCGCGCCUCAGACUUCAGCACGCUCGUCUAGUGAUAUCUGGCGUCUCGACUCCACUCCUCCGUAUUCCACAGGCACUACGCCUCCAUUCAUCUCCCGUCCACGAGGCAUCGCUGCUGACCGAAAGAAUCCAAGCCACAGCACCCUCAUGGCUGCAUCGCCUGAUCAGCAAUCCCAGACACGAAGUGGAUCUGGGCUUGGAACGGUGUUGGCGUCCUCGUUAUCUCGUUCAUUCACAUUCGGACCCUCAUCUGCGUCGCCCCCGUCGCAGGCUCAAUCCGAAACUGAAAGCGACCACGCGCCUGAGCCUACACCACCACCCGCAAGAUUUAAGGUCACAUACAAAAACCAAAGUGCAUUUGAAAGUGACGGACCAGCACAAAACUCCUUUCUUGACAGAGAUGAUGAGGAAUUGUUGUAUCGGUCAUACCGCAUUGCGUAUGCCAAUCUAUUAUCGAUUUGGGACCUUCCAGUUCAACAAAGCGAGGUGAUCAAGAUUGGAGCCGUGGCUGAUCGAGUGGACGACUUGACCUCAAGCCACUACUGGAACAGCACCGGUUCCAAUGACAACGUGUUGAAAGACUCACAGUCAGAGCCAACCACCAAAGCCCUCGACUUCCAGCGCCAUUGCGUUAGUUGUGGUCACGCGAUGCAAAUCUCCAUCUUUAAUAGAGAACCCAUGGUCCCGAAUACCCCCUCCAAGCCACACCAACGUAAACCAUCAAGUCGUCGAUGCCCCAACUGCAAGCCCCGGCAGCCACUACCAACUAGAAUACCUUGCGUCAUCUGUGGCGAGGUGGUCGACGGCAUGCUGAUCCCCUGUCUGAGCUGCGGACAUGUGAGCUGUUUCGACUGCCAUCGGCGUUGGUUCCUUCGACCGGCCGAUAAAUUCGACAGCCCAUUCGACCACCCAGGCCAGAACAAUUUCCUUCCAACCUGUCCAACAGGAUGCGGCUGCCAAUGCUCCGAGCACAUUUCCGUUGAUGUCCCCAUGCCCUUGUGGGAACCGGCAUUCCCUGGCCCCAAAGAGUACGUACCCAACACCCAGCGCGGCCUUGUACACGCGAGACACUCUCAUCGCCGACAAUCUGAGCCUGUUGCCUUGGCUCCCUUCCGGAAAGAGCCACCGCCCCCUAAGGGGGCUGGCCAACUCGAACACGAUUUGGCUGUGUGGCAGGAUUCAUCGCCAUUUGCAUCUCUGGCGCGUGGUCUCGGUGGGGGGCUGAGUCGUGGCUUGCAGACGAAAGACGAUCGGAAGAUGAUUAACUCUGUCACCGUGGCGUCGAAAUCAAGAAAUUCUUGA